AUGACGUCACUGUCUCAUCCCGCUGUUGUUAUCCCAGAGCUAAAUAAGGAUGCACAGGAAGAAGAAACUUCAUAUCUAAUGUUACUACAGUAUUCAUGCUGAGAAUAAGAUAAGAAUCUAUUGAGGACAUAAAUGAGGAAAAACACGCUCAACCAGAGAUGCUUCUGUUCAUAUCCAUGCUGAUCUUCUGUGUGCCACUGGGGGGCAACACCUCACCAAUCAGCUGCUACAACGACCAAGGAGAUGAAGUUGAUUGGUUCUAUAUCUACAAGCUGCCUAAAGAACAUGACAGAAAAUCUUCCCAGCAGGGCGAGAUGUAUUUACUCCUGGAAAAAGGGAGUGAAGGAUGGACUAAUGGGAAGGGAAUAGUAAACGACACCACGGGAGCUCUGGGCAGGACAGUCGGACAACUGUACUCACAAGGAAAGAACACAGAGGUAGCGUACAUCCUUUACAAUGACCAGAGGCCACCUGUGGACUUUGGUGACAGAUGGGUUGACAACAGUGGAAGCAGUGGGGGGCACACAAAAGGUGUUGUCCUGCUGGAUAAAGAUCAGGGCUUCUGGUUGGUCCACAGCACCCCUCACUUCCCCCCUGUACGACAGGCAGGACAGUAUUAUUACCCCAGCACCGGUGUGACAAAUGGACAAAACUUUAUCUGCGUUACCUACCCACUCGACCGCUUCCAGACCAUCGGAGAGCAGCUUCAGAUCAAUCAGCCUGAUGUGUACGACUGUGAUGUCCCCGAGUCCUUGGCGUCCCUGGUGCCCGCACUGGCUGCUGUCUGUGAGAAAAAACAUCUGUCUGGUCACAUCUCUCCACACAUCAAAACUGUGUCCAAUCGCAGCGUAGCUCUGACCUCAAAGGAUGGCACAGACUUCAUCAGCUUUGCCAAAGGAGCCUCUUUUGACAAUGACCUGUACCACUCCUGGGUGGCCCCCACCCUCCAGUCAAACCUCCUGGUCCAGUUCUGGGUUCGUUCCACGGGCAUCCUCCCCUCCAACUGCUCGCUGGGCUGGAAGGUCCUGGACAUCACGCUCAUCAACCCGGGGGAAACGUUCACCUUCAAGACCAGCCAGGACCACUCUAAGUGGGCUGUCAGCCCCAAGGCGGCCGGGUCGGGGGCCAGAGGAGGCUGGGUAUGUGUGGGAGACAUAAACCGGAACAAGGCGGAGGAGAAGCGAGGCGGUGGCACGGUGUGCUUGCAGGACCCGGUGGUGUGGAAGGCUUACCGGACAGCGGCGCUGGAGUGUGAGGCUUGUGGAGGAGGAACGAUCCAGUGUUGACACCCUGCCGGAGGCAUAUGGGUCAACUAGGCUUAAGGAAAAGGCCAGCAUGGGUUGAUAAGCGUGAGAUAAUAUUGGGCAUGUGACAUGUUUUUAACAUGUUUGGUUCGAGGUACUGUAUAUAUUUCUUUUAAUGUCUAGUGAAAUCUAAUUGAAAUGACCCAUGUUUAGCAUUUAAAAUCAAUUGUCACAAUCAUUUUCUUAAAGGUUCCCUGUGAGGUUUUUGACCACUAUUAUUGCUAUUUAAUGUGUGGUUUCCUGUUUUGUUUGCACUUGGGCACACGCAUGAGGACACACGUGCACGUGGGUGAUGCAAUACACAUUCCACAGCCAGUGGUUUCACACUAUUCCAGUAAUCAACAGGUAGUAGUUAUGCACCAAGAAACACACUAUUGCUCCAACAAAUGCAGUAAAGAAGAAGAUUGCAAGCAAGAAAACAUGGAUGUAAACAAGAUUUCAGAUUUUAAAAAAUUAGCUUUGCAAAUGAUUUAUGAGGAAGGAAAUUCAACACAUUUGUUAGACCUCAAGGAUACACACAUUGCGUUUUGCUGAGUAAUUGUAAGCAGAAACUUUGUUUACAAGAAAACUUCACAGGUCACCUUUAAACAUAUUACACUGCAUUUUGCACAAUGUGCUUCAAGGGCAAAUGUUGCUUGACUCAAGAUAAGUUGCUUUAAAGCCCCUGAAAACUUCAUCUUAAUAAUUUCUCUAUAACAUUAAAUAUUCAUGACUAAAAGUAAAAAAAAAAAAAGUCUUUAGGUAUUAUUUAUGAAAAGUUAAACUCUCGAAACCUCAGCUAAUCUGCUUCAUCAGGGCUGUGUGGCUGUGGUUUGAUCAGAUUUGAUUGACAGUGACCAAACAACACAACUGUCAUUAGAUUCUGAUUCAAAUAUUGCUAAAUCCUAAUUGGUGCAUGGAAGUACGUGACAUCACAUUUUUCCAGGUGAGACCCACCCAGUUCAAAACACUGAGCAGAGCAUAAGAAAAAAAGAAAUACAGAAAUCCAAAACUGAUCCAACUUUGGCAGAAAAUAGUGCGUUCAUGAAGCACCCCAUCACUCACAACAAGAUGCUGAUUAAGAAAAUAUGUUUUUAGGCUGUUCAAGCACAAAAAACAUUUUACUACUUCAGAAUGAUUAUGGGCUGUUAUCAAGGGCUGUUAUAUCCUACUCUUGAAACUAAAUGCAUACAGAACAAUGCCGGAGGAGUAGGAGUAGUCAAAUCUGACAGGAAGCACAGGGCUUUAUGGGAAAUAUGGUGUGGGGGUUUUGAAAAAGCCUCAAAGUGCCACUUUAAAUGAAAGCAUUUGUUUAAGUGUCUUUAUAACCACUGGGUACUGUUUUAGCUGAAACUGAUGAGACAAUGUUGCAAACUGUGUAAGUAAAAUGUGCUGUUUUGUGGGUAUGUUCUCAGGGAGCACGUCAAGCUUUGCUGGUUGAAAAUGUAUGAAUAUUGAUUUAUGGAAUUUGAAAUGUAUGAACAAUGUGGGAUUAAUUGCACUAUAUAAGAUUCAACACAUGCACACAUUUCACUGACAAUAUUAAACUACAGACACUGACAACAUUCAGGUGUGAGGAAUGCUUUAAUACUUUGUGUUUCAUGAAUGUGUGUUAUUAACUGGGUUGGUGUGAGUGUCUAUGAAUUAAAAAUGUGCUUUUCUGAAAUAUUUUUUAAAUUUGUGGCUUAGAUUUUAUAGUUGCAUCACAUUACCACAUACAUUCAUUCUGUUCUUGAUUUUGCUCGAAGAUAAAGAUGCUGGCUAUCUUGAAUCUGAAUAAAAAGACUGAAACAGAGGUA